AUGGGAGGUGACUCUGUUUGUAAUGAAGGUAAAUGCACUGCAGAUGAAACAAACGAGUAUGGAUUUCGAUGCAAUUGUAAACCUGGUUUCACUGGACAAUUUUGUGAUAUACCGUUUGAUAUUUAUCCAUGUGCUUCUAACCCAUGUAAAAAUGGAAAAUGUUUAAUCGAUGGUACGAGUACAUCAUUUUUCUGCAGUUGUCCCGCAGGGUUAACUGGACGAUUAUGUGAUACACCAGUCGUACCAAAUUUAUGUGCAUCAGGUUCCACAUUUUGUUUAAAUGGGGGUACAUGUUUGACAAAUCCAACUGAUAACAGUCCGAUCUGUAAAUGUCUUCCGAACUAUACGGGAGCACGCUGUGAAGUUGUUAUAGAUCGUUGUGCCGGUAAUCCAUGCCAAAAUGGUGGAAAGUGUUAUUCAAAUGCUGACUCAAUCUUCUGUGCCUGUAUUGCACCUUAUACGGGUGACCGUUGUCAAACAGUAACGGAAGAAAUUCGUCAUGAAUCUGUGUGGACAUGUGAUUUGUUCAAAUAUAAUUAUUAUCAAUUAACUGAUAAACGGGGUAAAAUGACAAAAGAUGACGUAAUGAAAUUAAUAAUUGAUCAUACAAAAUCAAAAGAUUGUAUCAUUUAUUAUACGUAUAUGCUCGAUAAUAACUUAUCCGAUGUACUAAAGUAUUUCAAAGAUGGCUGUCAAAUAACUGAAGAAUGUUUAUAUUUUAAUCAUAGUUGUGAGCCCAAUUGUGGCUUUAGUGAUGACGAGGAAGAGUUGGUGGUAGCACUGAGAGAUAUUCAUGUUGGAGAAAAAUUAACAUAUCAUUAUGAUACUAAAGCCAUCUAUCGCGCAGUAUUAUCAUUGGUGGAAGACAAACUUCUGGCGAUAGCUGCUAAAUCAUUUUCUAAAAAGGCUAUUGCUGUACCGAAUGGGUUUAGCGAAGAAGAAGUUGACACAUCUGAGUCAGAAGAUGAAGUUGCACAUAAUUUACGAAAUGAGUUAGCAAUUAAUAGUGAAUUAUCAUCAGAUGCAGCUGCUAAUAAUCAAGCAAAUAUUCAAUUGAAUAAUCAAAAAAGAAAAAAACGAUAG